CGCUUGAGAUAAUCUCCCUGCGCGUUAUCCGUCAACAUGGUUCGCUGUCUCGUCGUUGUGGUUGCCUUCCUGGCGUUGCAGGCUACCUGCGAUGCUGCCCUAACUCUCUCUCCGCAAGCGUGGUUUCAAGAACUUGUGGACCAGGCAAACUCACUGAGGCAACAAAUUGACACUACGAUCGCAAACAUUGAAGAAAACGUUGUCAACAACACGGAUGCGAUUGUCACAAAGAUCCACGACGAUAUCCAGACUGUUACCGAUAAAGUGAGGUCCGAUGUGGAAUCGGUGGUCGCCAAGUUCGUCGCAGCUGGCAAGAACGUCGUCGAGUGUUCUGUGAAAGUUCCCUCGGAGAUCGAGGAACUCGUUACUAACAUCACUACAAGCGCCACGAAUUGCGUCACUACGGAAGUUAAGGAUGGCGAGAGUCUCAUCACCGAUCUCCGCAACGCCGGCGAGCAAAUCAACUCCACCAUCAAUGACGUGCAGCCCAAAGUGGCCGAGUGCAACAAGCAUGUCUUGACCGCCGUCGCCUGCGAUGUCGAUGUCUUGUCCUCUGCAGCGGGCACCAUCUCGUCUAACUCCCUCAAGAUCUUCAGCGACGGCGCGAAGGCAGCUGCUCUCAUUGCCGGCUUCCCGAUGAACGUCAACACGUGCGAGGCCGCCGUCUUCGCGAGUGUGCCCGCUCAGGAGCAGGCAUUGCUCAGCAAAGUUGCUAGCUGCUACACCGGCCAGUAAAGCGUUCGUUGCUCUUUGCAGUAUUCGCAUUGUGAGAUUUCGCCCGUCCAGUUUCCCUACCUGAAUGAGCUAACCCGUACCAGUUAAUACCAGUCGUCUUUUACAUUCUGGGUGAUCAAAAAAUGUAAGUUAAAUUUGUCGGAAUGAACUUAUUGGAUAUUGUGUACUGAAUAUUAAACAUCUCAAACGAAACUUUUUUUUCUUAUCGUCGUCCUU